CAAUCACCUACCUUUUGCAACGAAUCCCCUCUUGGGCUCCGUGCUUCUUCCAACCCUCCGACUCCAACUCCAACUCCAAGGCGUCACGGCAACAUGGAGCAGCAGCAGCAAGGGGCCGACGCGGCGGCGGCGGCCAGGCGGAUGGCCACGCUCGCCUCCCACCUGCGCCCGCACCCCACCUCUCAGCCUCAGGAACUGCUCUACUCUCUGCUAACUUUUCUCCUCCUGUUCUUUUUGGAGGAGGAGGAGGUCUCCUUCCUGAGCGGAUCCAAUUGCCGUGCAAAAGGGGCAUUCAAGGUUGCAAUCUUGGGCGCGUCUGGUGGGAUCGGUCAGCCGCUCGCGUUACUAAUGAAGAUGAACCCACUUGUUUUGGUGCUCCAUCUAUAUGAUGUGGUGUCACAGCUGACAUUAGCCACAUGAACACCGGUGCUGUGGUAUGCUCCUGGUCAUUGUGUUUGCCCCAUCUUUAUUUGAAAUCACUUUCUGAGAUUCAGGAAUAUUGAUCUGGAGGACCAGAUUACUGUAGCAGUUGCAUUUCGCUAUACUCUACUACAUUUCUUUCCAUAUCUCUCUUAGGUUAUAUUUAGUGGAUAUGAAGUGCUGCAGCUGCACAUAUGUCUUUCGCAACUGUAUGUAUGACUCCUGAAGCAGUUGCAGCUAGCUGUUAUAGUUUUUGUAACUCAGCCACUCAGGAGACAACAGUUUCCCUGUGAAAUACUCAGGUAUAAAAAAUCAUGUUGCGUCAGGAAUUUCUACAGAAAACCUUGGAAGAAAUUUACAUAAUAACUGACCACUCACUGAUAGUUGUGGAUCAAAGCUCAAAACAUAAACAGUGCUGACCAACUUACAAUUUUUAAACAAGAAUUAAUUGUCAUUGAUUUAAGUUUUGUCCCUUCCUAGAUAUCUUUGACAGCCCUCUGUUUUUCAUACAAACAUACGGUAAUUCAUAUGAUUAUUGAAGCAUAAAAGAUUUUUUUGAUAAUUGAAUGUGUUAUUUUAAAUCCUAAAAUCUACAAUUGUGUGGCUUCUUGGGCCAGCCACAGUUGGAAAGUGUUCUAACUGGAAUGGAUCUUGUGAUAAUUCCUGCUGGUGU